AUGGACGGAUGCAGUAAAAUGAGUGUGAUGGAGCUGUGUGAGACGGAUGAUCUGGCCACCAGCUUGGUGCUGGACCCCUUGCUGGGGUUUCAGCACCCAUAAAAUGAACGUCAGGUAAUCUCUUUAAACCUCCUAUCCAUUACAGUACAUUUGACAAAGGUGUGUGAAAUGACAAACUUUUAAAUGUAUGCAUUGCACCAUUUGUCUUAUGCUUGGUCUUGAUGGGUCCUCUCUGCAUAUAGUAAUUAGUCUUCAUCAGGAAGUUAAGGCACAACUUCAGUGUUCUUCAAAGAGAAGUGGAAAUGUUUCUUCACAAUUACAAAAAACAGUACACACCUAACUCUUGUCGCCCUGCAGCCCCCCCCCAGAGGUCCGUCGUUGGGGCUACCUCAAAGAGACUCUGCUACGCUUCCAACGCACACAUGACUUGCAGGCCACCUUUGAGGCACUCACAGUGGGAGACUGGGCCUGUGACUACUUCACUGGACUGGGCACCCACCGCCUGGAACUACUGAAACAGCAUGUAAGUGUGUGUUUGCAGGAUCAGUUAAUCCUGUUAUAUCAGUGUGCACUAAAGUACGUUUUUGAUUGCCCCUUCCUUUCCUCAGUCAGUGUAAUUUAUUUCAUUUGUUUGUGUACUUUUGAUGGCCUCUGUCAUUUUUUUCUAAGAAUUUGUUCGGGUAGUUAGCUAAUAUAACCUAUUUUCACUCUGUGGGUAUUCAUGAUUGUGUUCAUGAACAUGCAUGGCUGUAUGCGUGGUCUUGACAGCUAUUAUUUCUUCAGGUGUAUCGCUAUCUCUGUGCCUUCCUGUUGGAUAGCGGUGUCCAGAUUGAGUCAUGUGACCGAUACUCUUCAGAAACCAACGGAGCAAAGAUAACCUCUACCAAGCACUGGUAAGGACCAACUAUCUUUUAACAGUUGCAUUCAAUAGUCAUGUGUAAUUCUGCAGAUUAGAUACAUCUUGUCUGUGUUUUUAUAUAUAAUGUUUAACUGUAAUGCCGAAUGCUGCAGGUUUGUAGGUGAGCGGAUGGAGGUUCUGCUGGGUUGUAUAGCCGAGCUGAGUCCAGCAGACAGUGCUGUUCUGAGAGCAGGGGUGAAUGACUUUAGUGUGAUGUACUCCACUCGUAAGCGCUGUGCACAACUCUGGCUUGGGCCUGCUGCUUUCAUCAACCACGGUGAGUUUUUCAAGAUUCAACCCCAACUACAGUCUGCCACAUUGUACAUGCACUGUAAACACACUAUAACAGAAACCCACUGUGCAUACACUAUCACAGAAACCCACUGUGCAUACACUCACAGAAUACACAGACAGAGCAUCUGCUUCUGGGAUUUCUCUUAAUUAAGCAUUCCUGACAAGUCAUACAUUAUAUCUAGAGUGAUCAAAUCAAAUGCACUAAUCUAAUCCUGUUAUCGAAUGUGCUCUCCUACUGCAGAGCUUCACAGGAUUUGCUAGUGGUCAAUACUUUUAUUAUACCGACACAUGGCAUAGUUUUCAGUGUUUAAGUUGUUAUAUCUGUAUUGUAACCAUACGUUUGUUUCUGUUCCUUGGGUGAAGACUGCAGACCAAACUGUAAGGUAAUCAUCAAUGUUAUGUUAUUAGUCAUGUUACUCUUCUAUGUUUUAAUCUCUCUCUGUGUGUGUGUGUGUUCCCGUGAAGCAUUGUUCCCUUUUUAUAGAAGUGUUGUUAUACAUGAUUAUUGUUAUUGGCCUCUUCAUCUGUGUCUUUUGUUUGUACUAUUAUGUUUUUAAUUGUUGGAAGUGUUACAUCCCCAGGGCUAGUGAUGUCAACUUGUUUCUUCCCUCACCUCCCCCCUCUCCAGUUUGUUCCUGGCGAUAAGAAUGGAGGCUGUGUAAAAGUGGUGAGGCCCAUCGCACCUGGGGAGGAGAUCACCUGUUACUAUGGCGACAGCUUUUUUGGGGAAGACAAUGAAAUGUGUGAAUGCUGCACCUGUGAGAGGUGAGAGGAUUGAGACAUAUCUUCUCAUUGUCUCAAUGACCAGCCUAACUUAUUUAUAUAUAGAUAGAUAUGACUUGUAUACUAUUUCUUUAUUAUUUAGGAAGGGAGAGGGUCACUUCCGACACAGAGAGAGGCAGCCUGGUUGUGAUGACUUAAAUGACCUGUCUGGCCAGAAGUACCGCCUCAGAGACACAGACCUUCGUCUUAACAGAGGGAAAGCACCCUGUCCUCCUACAUUUCGGCCUACAUUUACAUUUUCAAAUUCAGGUAAGUUUGUGUUUGUCUCUCUCUCGUUUCAAACGUUAAGCUAAUGAUGUUCAUGUCUUUUAACAAUGGCUGAAAUUCUCAAAUUCUGUGAAGAUACAAGUGGUACUACGCAUUGGUGAUUGAGCAAUAUACUGUCUUUAUAGUAUUUUUGCUAAAUGUAUUGCAGAUAUAGCAGUUAGUGACAGCAUGCAACUAGAAUGUAAUGUUAGGUGCAGUAUGCAUUUAUUUGUUAUGCUAUUGUUUUUGCCAGAAUUUCUUAGUUCUUUUGUCUUCCUGUCUUAGCUAUCCCUUCAAGGAAUUCAUUUACCCAGCAGAUGAAGAGAAAUGCUCUGAUGAUGAGCAGGAAGACCAAAAGGUUGAAACAGGAGGGGCAAAGGAGGAUAUCGGGAAUGAAGCCGCAACGGCUGAUAAUGCCAUCCCUAUCAGAGGUGGUGUUGAGGAACCUUAGGGUCCGAGUACGGCGCCACACGUUCAACUUCUUGUUGAGCUGCAAGGACCCCACCAGUAAAGAGAGGGCCUUGCUGCACCAGCUUGAACAUGUGGAGGCAAAAGACAAGUGGAGGAAGGAACAAUCUUCUCUCUGCUGUACAACCAAAGAGAAUGACAAAAGAGAGAAGAGCAGCAAUAUUUGUGAGUUAAACCUGAAGCCUUUCACUCUUCACUCUUCCUUGUCUUCUCAACAGAAAGCUGGACCAGCAGUUUGUGGACAGAUACUGGGUGGCAAGCCCCUUCGAGUGGUGGAAAAAGUAUCUGUCCAGACAAGGAUCUCUUCCAGAACAAGGAGCAUGAUCAGAAACUGUCACACACGCCAGUCUGUUUCCAGAGCCAAGAAGAACAACAAAAUCAUUAGCAAGCGCACUGAACUCACCAAACCCAUUUACAGAAAAAGCAACAGCGCAAGUCCUCAGAAACACAUGGAUAGCUGUAGUGGAAAAGAUGCCACGCACAAUAUUAUCAAAGAUAUUCAUGGAACCAAUUGCAUAACCAUCGAAGAUAACACCAGAGGCAACAACAAGGAUGUGGCAUACAUCAGCAACAGAACAUACACUGGAGGAGGCGGGCCCAAAGGCAGCAAGGCUCAGGGUGCAGAUCAGAAACCAGUGGAUGUGAAAGUGGAAAUCAAAACCAUUGGAGAAUCGGGGACUGAUAGGACACUUGUGGCGAGCAAACCCACUGGUAAAAGGGUUGAAGUUUGCCAAAGUGCUUUGGAUAAAGCCAAGAAGCCUGAGAAUCACAAGAAACCCAUUAGUACUCCCAUUGUCACUACCACCCCUAGCACCAUUUCUCUCUCUUCCCCCUCACUUGGCCAUGUUCCAGUAAUGUCAGGACUGAAGCAAGUCACAGUUAGCUUGAUAAGAGUGUCUGUGCCGGGAAGUGUAGCAGAAGAAAGGGCCUGUCCAGGAUUGGAGGGAAAGGGCGUUGUGAGAAGAGAGAGAAGCAUACCAGUGCAAGCAGAACAGUUGGCUAGAUCAGCUACACAGGGAGGAGAGGCAGAAACCAGAGUGUCCAGGUCCCAGCAAAAGUCCAUGGAGGAAGCAGGCAGAGAGUUGUCAGAAGCUGAAGGUAAGAAAGGGGUGAGGGAAAUGUAUUUCAAGGCUAAGGUUAACAAAAUUGAUGUAGGGAGGGGACAGACUUCUGUGGUGAAGGUCGAUUUACUACAUGGUGAGAAAGGGGGAGGUGAUAAGGUCAUUGAAAUAGAAGCUGCUUGUGGGAUGGAACAGGUUAGUGUGGCUGGGAAGGGGCAUAGGGGGAGUGUAAAAGACAUUGACAGAGGGGCAAAACUAAAUAGGGAAAGUGUACAAUCUCUAGUUGUUGGCUGUGAUAAGAGGGUGCUUAGAGGGCGAAAUGAUGCAGAUGAACAGAGUAAUGGAAAAGUAGGAGGAGGAGGACAAAAUAGCAAAAGUUGUGACAGCAUAAUCAGAAAGGAUGGAGGUAAGAAUGAGAGGGUGUCUGAAAUGGUAAAGGGGAGUAGUAUUCCCAUAACUAUGGACAAGAAGGGGAUUGUCAUCAAACAGGUGAGGGUUCUACUUUCUGAUAUUCUAAGAAAAGAGCGGGAUCAGAAGGCUGGGAGCUCAGAAAGUGGGAACACAGGAAAGAAAGAUCUAAUUUCCUCCAAGCAAAUGGAAGAUGGCAGAGAGGCAAAUAAUGUUGGAGGGAAAGGGGUGAGGGACAAAUAUUAUCUGAUGCACAGAUAAAUAGUUUGCCUCACGCAAAAACACAAAGUGGGAUCAUUUCCAAACGGGGGAAAGGAAGGGCUAGUAAGAUGAAACUUGAGGAUCCAGGCCAAGGCUUGCAUGUUCACUCGCCACAAAGUAAUGAUGAUUUAGUCCCAGUGAAAGAUAGGCUUUCCAAGUCUCCCCCUCCCUCUUCAGAAUAUCUUCAGGCACACACCCAGGCCAACAUUCCUCUGAAGAAACGGAUGUUCCGUAAUUCAGUGGAGACUGACUCUGAGCAGAGCAUCAACUCUCCUGUGUCAGAGCCCUCCUCCAAGGACCUCAGACCCUCCACAGAGCUGAGGCAGAAUCUUACUCUGUGUUCAGGAAGAGAAACCAAAGCUAUCAAAGUGUUGAAGGAGGACAGCGGUAGAGGUGGGUUGCGGUCGAAUAGUGACCCUAAGUCUACUGUUUCAGAGCUUGGGGUCCAAUUUCGGACACAGGCCUUCAAGAGGACAGCAAAACAAAAUGCAACGCCCAGAAUGCUGCGUCCCAGAGUCAAUCAACUGGAAAAAGACCGGCCACGGAGGAGUGCAGGAAAGUAUAAAAGAGGGACCCAAGACGCAGAGGUACUGGAGAAUGAAUCUGAUGAGGACAAACACAAUGCAGGGCAUGAUGAAAUCUCACCGGAUUCUAGAAAAGAACAUGUAAAUGAAGGAGAGAAGAAGCCAGAAUUACAUACUGAGUUAGUGAAUUCACUCACCUCGCCAACAUGUAAGGAAGAGAACGGGAAAGGGCAGAGCCUCAACUUCAAAAUUCGUUUUAAGAGAAAAAGGGGCAAAGUGUGGGAGUUGGACAAACCUGCAGGAGGAGAGGAUUUGAUUAUUGAAGCAGAAAAGUCUAUUGAUUCACAACAAUUGGAGCCUUAUAGGGCCAUUUUAGAUUCUGUGUCAAUCUUGAACUUAGAAAUGGAGAAGGGUGCCCAGGUAGAUGGGAAAGAGACUCAUGACGUACGAUUUUGGAAGAGACGUAAAGUUAGACGAGACAGAUUGGGGAGUUUGAAAGCUAGAGGUCCCAUUUUGGAUAGGCAGGGUGAGAUUGUAGCUGUAGACUCGAAAGAGAGAAAAAAAGAACGGGGGAGAGCUCAGCGAGGUAGAGCGAAAUGAGGUGGUAGACAAGGUUAUUUAUGGAGUAAAGCAACUGCCAGGAGAAAAGGACCAUACAAUUUCUAGUGAGGGUAUAUCUGUCGGAGGGGAGGGACUGCAAUGUGACUAUCAAGUGACACCAAGCCCUGUUAGAAUCUGUGAAAAAGAAAAAGAUAUUCCGUCCUUGGAUGGAGACGGAGAACAAGUGAAGGAUACUUCUAUUAGAGUGGAGAGUAGUUUGGUUGACAGUGGGGCACGGCAUGAACACAAAGUAAAGGAAGAAGACCAACCCUUGCCACGGAUCAAACUGCGGAGAAAAAUACAGGGUGUAUGGGAGGUGGACAGCCAGGAGUUGGAGCAGAGUGAAGCAGAGUCUGAAAAAGAGAAGAAGGAAAUUACAUGCGUUAAGCCAAAAGAAGAGUGCCCUUCUCAGCCUUCCGCCUGCCAGAAACUCAACAGUGCAACCAAGAAAACAGAACCUCCCCCCCUCACUUUAUCUCUCUCACCCUUGACCCUUAACUCACCCCAACCUUUGGGUUCUGAUGUGAUGGCCUAUGCUCCUGAAACAAUGAAUGAUAGGGCCAUGCCAAAAAUCAGUAAUAGAGGAGGAAGGGGAAGAGGAAGGAAGGAAAGGCAAAAAACAGAGACUGCUCGUAAGAGUGCAACUGGAGAGAUGGGAACUUCUUGUCUUAGUCAUAACCUGCUACAGAUAGACAACAGUCUUUCUAGACUUUCCGAAGGGUUAUGUCAGUCACAAUCCUUAGAAAAAAACAUACCUUCUGAUUACACUGCUUCCACCUCAAAGAUUCCGUCCCAGUCUCAGUCUCCACCGUUCAGUUUUCCAGAAAGGAUGCUUUCCACAGAAUCCAGCUUUGCUAAUUGCUGUGAAGAUCUCCUCGACUUCCAGUGUCUCAAUCUUGAAGGGUUCUAUCAUCCACAGAACAUCCUCCAAACCUCUCCAAUAGACCUCUGUCCAAUGGAUCCACCCAGCGGGCCCUUUAGUAGUCCCCUCUCUCAUAGCCCCUCGGAUGCUUGGAACCCAGAAACUCCAUACCUUGGCCCUCCAAGCCCAGGAAGUAUCUUCAAUGCAGAGGAUCAGCAAUUUCUUAAUGGUCUUGUGUGCUCCAAAAAUGAGUCUCUCCCUUUGGAUUGUGGAGUUAAGGAUACUUCCAAAGACAGAGGGCAGCUCAAUGCAAAUUUUAGUUUUACACCCCUGAGCAGCGCUGAGGGGACUUUCAUGGAUCGUUUUUUGAUGAAGAAUCCUGGUAUGAAACUGUCAAAAGAAGAUUCUAAGACACAGCCCUUAUCUUCAGCAGCCAAAACCCAGUACUCUCACAAAGAAUCAUUCAUGUUUAAUACAAAUACUCCAUCCAUCGGUUCCCAUUCCCAGAAUAACCCCAGUCAAUGUUCUCAAUCAGAGUACCAAUGGUACUAAAGCUAGUUUUACCCAUUCCAAUUUUUCUAAGGUCCAGCCUCAAGUCAAAACUCCGGGUCCCUUCCACCUGAUGAGCUCUUCCAACAAAUCUCAAUAUUUUUCCACCUCUCAGCCAGUGCCAAGUUCCUUCAAAACUGGGCCCCAGAAUUACUCAGCCAAGUCCGUCCAUUCACCUCAAAUGGUUUCUAACAAGUUUGGCUCACAAUUAAAUCCUAAUGUAGGAGAUGCUUUUCGCAACACCUAUGACAAAAGCUCCAGUGUGAUCCAGAGUGUGCUUAAGUUUCAAGGAGGGAAACCAAGUCAGAAUUUGAAUAGUGCCCCUCAAAGUUAAUAUUGCUGCUGGCAGCCCUAAAAUUGCACCCAAACCUCACAUUGCCAAAUCUAGGUACAGUGACACUGAGAAGGUCCACCAGAGUAACAAAUGUUCAGCUUCUAGCACUGGCGGUCAAAAAGGUAGCAUGCCCAGUUAUAGCAUCACUUCGGGAAAAGAUCCAAUUCGUCUCAAUACAUCAAACUACCCCAUCAAGUCAAAUCUUCACAAUGACAAAGUCCAUCCAGAUUAUUUCCAGACGUCCAGUAAAAGUACACCGACAGCUUUGGAGAAGCCGCCCUCUGACAAACCCCAAUACACUGAAACCAGCUUUGGAAGCAAAAACUUCUCUACUCUCCCAAGGCCAUUCUUUUUCCCCAGCCAAGCACCUCAGAGUUAUGGGUCUCCUCAUGGCAAACGUUUGAAUCAGGACAAGCCCUGUGCUGCUGUGCACUCCCAGAACCCUCACUCUUCCUAUGCCACAUCGGUGUCACCUGACAAACUGUGUUACGAUUCCUCAGACUUUACCUUUUCCACCUCGCUCUCUCCCUCUAUGUCUCAGCACAAUAGCCCCCAAGUAGCCCACAGCUCUCCCUCUGGAUCACAGACACCAGCAAACAAACAGCAGCCCCCCUCCUCCUCCUUCUCCUACUCUUAUGGUCACCAAGGUCCACCUUACGUGGUCAACUUUACUGGUGACCACUCAGUCACCAUGGGCCUGGGAGAUUACCCAGGGUCACCUCCCACCAACUAUACGUACCGCUGCCUCAUGGAGCCUUCGGGCACCCAGGGGAGGCUGGUUCUGGAGCCCUGUGGACCCCAACUCUCACACUCACCGUCUUUCUCUGUGGGGGGCUUUUCAGGGCUUAAAGGCCAGGAUGACCACUGCAAGAGGGACAUACAACAGCAGUGCCAGCCCAUAGACCACCCACCAACAUCCCACCAUGCGCCCACAUCCUCACACUCCUUGAAUACCCCGGUCUCAGACCGAAAGCCCAAGAGACUGAGGCUAGUGGUUACUGAUGGGCUAGUGGAUCUGGACCUCCAGUAUACAGACUGA